UGCCAGUGUAGCGCUAUGGACUCGAUGAACAUGACCGACAGCGGCUCGAUGGGCUCCAACUCGACGAUGUCGUCCAACUCAACAGCGUCAGACUCAUCGAUGUCCAUGGCCAUGAUGAGUAUGUAUCUACACUUCACUCCGGGCGACACUGUCCUAUUCGACACCAUUGCCCCGUCCUCGGGCGAGGCUAUCUUUGGUGCCUGCCUGAUCUUCUUCCUCAUCUCCGUCUUCUAUUGCUGGCUCCGAGCUUUCCGCAGAGGAGUAGAAAUGCGCUGUACUGCACGUGCCCGCCGUUUGGUUCUGAGGCGCGUCGAUAGUGAGAUGUCAGACGAUCGAGCCAGCAUAUCAAAGGGAGGCGAACCUGGGGAAAUGGCCGUGGAUUAUCCAGCGGCGCCGCACAACAAGUUUAUACUUUCCAACGAGCUCGCCCGCGGUGUCCUGAAUGGCGCUGAUACAACGCUGCACUAUCUUCUCAUGCUUGUUGCGAUGACGUUCAACGCUAGCUAUAUCAUCUCUAUCAUUGCGGGUAGCGUGGUGGGCGAGGUGGCAUUCGGGAGGUUAAACCGAGGAUAAACCACGUCACGGGCUCUUAGUGGGGUCUAGAAUAGGUGUUUCUUCUAUUUUGUGUAAUUGUUGCUAUCUGGUGGACUUUAUUCGUGUACUCACUUGGAUUGCUGCUGCCAUACACUGCCUUCUU